GGAGGUAAAUAGCAGGUGAGAGAGGUGCUCGCCCUCACACCUAGUCACCCCAGGCACGAGGGAGCAUCAGUGGCAGGAGACUCGAGAGGCUGACUGGACUGACUCACCGAGGGAAUAUUGUGACUCGGCAGCCGUGUUGGUGACUCUACUGGUGAUAUAUGUGUUGGGUGUGAGACGAGAGGGUCCCUUAGCCAGGUAAAGAAGGAGGUCAUAGCCUUGCCCAGGACGAUGCCUUCCACACACACCUCCCAGACAGAGCCCUCCACGGCCCUGCCCAUCCUCAAGGAGAUGAUCAUAGCCAGGGAGAAUGCCCAGGGCUUAGAGAGAUCACAUUCCGAUGACGAUGGCCACUACUCCUACGAGCCGGAGUACCUCUCGGGCUACCACAGCCUCAUGGAGAAGAUCCAAUCCAGAAUUGAAUCCAAGGACAAAUUCUUCUCCCUGGAGUUCUUCCCCCCAAGGACCAAGGGAGGAGCUGUCAACCUUCUGGCCAGGUUUGACCGCCUGCGUGAGGGUGACCCACUGUUCUGUGACGUCACCUGGCACCCGGCUGGCAACCCUGGAGGUGACACAGAGACCUCCUCCUUAACCAUAGCAGGCGCUGCGCUCAACUACUGUGGCCUUGAGACUAUGCUUCACAUGACGUGUUGCAACAUGACAAAGACGGAGAUCUCCCGCCACCUCCAGCGCGCUAAAGAAGUUGGUAUUCGCAAUAUUUUGGCAUUGAGAGGGGAUCCCCACAACAGUGCCGAGGACUGGGUGGCACCGGAUGAUGGGUUCAGCUACGCCGUGGACCUGAUCCGCCACAUCAGGAAGGAGUUUGGGCAUUACUUUGUGUUGUGUGUGGCCGGCUACCCCACCGGACACCCUGAAGCCACGUCCUACGAAGAUGACUUGAUGCACCUCAAAGAAAAGGUUGAUGCGGGUGCAGACUUCAUCAUCACACAGCUGUUCUUCAAGGCCGAGACCUUCAUCAAGUUCGUGAAUGACUGUCGGGCCAUCGGCAUCGAGUGUCCCAUCGUGCCCGGCAUCAUGCCCAUUCAGAGUUACGAGUCCCUGCGCCACAUCGUGAAGCUCUCCAAGCUGGACGUGCCGCAGGACAUCAUUGACGUGGUGACGCCGCUCAAGGACAACGACGAGGCCAUCAGGAACUACGGCAUCCACCAGACGUGUACGCUGGUCAAGGAGCUCUUUGAGGCGGACAUGGCCCCCGGGAUACACUUCUACACCCUCAACAGAGAAGUUGCCACAACCGCCAUCCUCAAGCAGCUGGGUCUGUGGGCCGCUGCUCCCCGCCGGCCACUGCCCUGGCGGAUGGCGGCCAACCACAAGCGCAGUGGAGAGGAUGUCAGGCCGAUCUUCUGGGCCUCUCGACCUAAGGCUUAUGUGUUCAGGACGCAGCACUGGGAUGAGUUCCCUAAUGGCCGGUGGGGCAGCUCAGAGUCUCCUGCUUUUGGUGAACUGAAGGACUACUACCUCUUCUAUCUCACGAGCAAGAGUUCCAAGGAGCAGCUGCUGGCCAUGUGGGGGCAGAGUCUGGAGGGCGAGCAGGAUGUAUGGGAUGUGUUCCAUGCAUACCUCACCGGCUCCUGUAACCCCAAGACUGGCAAGAAGGUCACCAAGGUUCCAUGGAACGAUGAUGAACUCAGCGCAGAGACAACACUCCUCACAGAAAAACUGGCAGACUUUAACAAGCGGGGAGUCCUGACCAUAAACUCUCAGCCCAACGUUAACGGUGCCAGCAGUGAGGACCCAGUGGUGGGCUGGGGAAUGCCGGGCGGCUACGUGUACCAGAAGGCCUACCUCGAGUUCUUCACCUGCCAGGAAAAUGUGGACGCUCUGCUCAACGUCCUGCCGCUCUUCCCUCGCAUCAACUACCACAUCAUCAACCGUAGCGGUUCGGCAGACUUCAGUAACUGCCACAAGCACCGGUCAACUGCCGUCACUUGGGGCGCCUUUCCGGGGACGGAGAUCAUCCAGCCUACCAUCGUGGACCCCGUCAGCUUCAGGGCGUGGAAGGACGAAGCAUUUGGGCUAUGGGAGGAGCAGUGGGGGAAGCUGUACCCUGAUAACAGCAAGUCGAGGGAGAUCAUCCAGCACAUCACCGGCAACUACUACCUCGUCAACCUCGUGGAUAAUGACUACCCGAAGGAGUCUUGUCUGUGGGACGUCCUGGAGUCAAUGUUUGCCUGGAGGGCGCUGCGGGAGGAGAAGCCUUUAGCGGUGGCCUCCAACUCCAUGCCUCUGUGUUGAUCUGAAGAGUAGCACAAGAAGGGUCGCUCUCCUAGUCCGCCUCGUUGCCUUCCGUGGAGCUAACAGAGUACAAGGUGUGAAUGGCUAGUUUUUCGCAGUAGUGUUGUAUGUUGUGAUAUGAGAUGAGUUGGUAGAUUUCCGCAGGGGAAGAUAAAGUACCAGAUGAAUCUUAACUCUGACUGGCUAGUUUUCGUGUAGUCUGUCCCGCCUAAGGUGAGAACAUGUCAGGAAAGUAGCUCCUUCUAUAGGUGACAGAGGAAGGACGUGGCUGCUCUGGUGUUGGUAAUUGGUGGACAGUUGAUCCGAGAAGGGUUGGGCAAAAUCUGACUUCAGGUAGGAGGGUAUCAGGCAGGGCUCCUCUGAUACAUUCUCACCUUAGACUAAAUAGAGUACAGUAUGUAGUGAGUUUUGUAUGAGGGGUUAGUAGUCGGUGGGCCAUUUAUGCUGAGUCAACAGAUCUCUGCAAGGAAGAUAAAAAUAGCAGACAUCUAAGCUACGACUGGCUAUUUAUUUUUAGUACGUAAUGACUUUUGUAUGAGUGAUUAAUAGCCUUUGAUUUCCGCUGAGUCAACUGAAGGGAAAACAAAAGCAGCGGACAAGUUUAAGUGUUAUUGUGUCGAUAUCCGUGACCGGUUUGAUUUUUUUAGUACAUAGUGACAUUUUACGAGCGGUCAGUAGCCGGUGCCUUGUUGACACAGUGAAAGAUCUUGGUAAGGAAAUCAAACGCGGCGGACAAAUCCAAGCGUUGGCAUGUGGAUAUCUGUGACCAGUUAGAGUUUUUGGUAGGUUUUGAAUUUUCCGUGAGUGGUUAGUGUCUGGUGCUGUUUUGACGCAGUGAAAGAUCUCUGCAAAGGAGGUAAAUGCAGCAGACAAAUCUAAGCAUUGAUGUGUGGAUAUCUGUGACCGGUUAGAUUGUUUUAGUAGUUACAGACUUUUAUAUGAGUGGUUAGUAGCCGGUGCUGGGUUGACGCAGCGAAAGAUAUCUGCAAAGAAAUCAAAUGCAGCAGACAAAUCUAAGCAUUGAUGUGUGGAUAUCUGUGACCGGUUAGAUUGUUUUAGUAGUUACAGACUUUUAUAUGAGUGGUUAGUAGUCAAUGCUGGGUUGACGCAGCAAAAGAUAUCUGCAAAGAAAUCAAAUGCAGCAGACAAAUCUAAGCAUUGAUGUGUGGAUAUCUGUGACCGGUUAGAUUGUUUUAGUAGUUACUGACAUUUAUAUGAGUGGUUAGUAGCCAGUGCUGGGUUGAUGCAGCAAAAGAUAUCUGCAAAGAAAUCAAAUGCAGCAGACAAAUCUAAGCAUUGAUGUGUGGAUAUCUGUGACCGGUUAGAUUGUUUUAGUAGUUACUGACAUUUAUAUGAGUGGUUAGUAGCCAGUGCUGGGUUGAUGCAGCAAAAGAUAUCUGCAAAGAAAUCAAAUGCAGCAGACAAAUCUAAGCAUUGAUGUGUGGAUAUCUGUGACCGGUUAGAUUGUUUUAGUAGUUACAGACUUUUAUAUGAGUGGUUAGUAGCCGGUGCCGUAUUGACGCAGUGAAAGAUCUCUGCAAGGAAAUCAAGCGCAACUGACAAAUCCAAGCAUUGAUGUGUGGAUAUCUGUGACCGGUUAGAUUGUUUUAGUAGUUACAGACUUAUAUGAGUGGUUAGUAGCCAGUGCUUUGUUGACGCAGCAAAAGAUAUCUGCAAUGAAAUCAAAUGCAGCAGACAAAUCUAAGCAUUGAUGUGUGGAUAUCUGUGACCGGUUAGAUUGUUUUAGUAGUUACAGACUUUUAUAUGAGUGGUUAGUAGCCGGUGCUGUGUUGACGUAGUGAAAGAUCUCUGCAAGGAAAUCAAACGCAAUUGAUAAAUCCAAGCGUUGAUGUGUGGAUAUCUGUGACCGGUUAGAUUGUUUUAGUAGUUGUUUGACUUUUGUAUGAGUGGUUAGUAGCCGGUGCCGUAUUGACGCAGUGAAAGAUCUCUGCAAUGAAAUCAAAUGCAGCAGACAAAUCUAAGCAUUGAUGUGUGGAUAUCUGUGACCGGUUAGAUUGUUUUAGUAGUUAUUUGACUCUUAUAUGAGUGGUUAGUAGCCGGUGCCGUAUUGACGCAGCGAAAGAUUUCUGCAAAGGAGGUAAGGGUAGCAGAUGAACAUUAGGGUUGAUGCAGGAUAUCUGUGACUGUAUAUUUUUUUGUAGUAGCGAUUUUUCCUUGAGUGGUCAGGAGCUGGUGCUGUGUUGACGCAAUGGAAGAUAAAAGCAGCAAUAGAUAUAAGGAUUGAUGCAGGAAAUAUGUGACUGGCUAGUUUUUUUUAUGUAGCGAUCUUUCUACGGAUGAUUAGUCGCCAGAGAUGUGUGCUGAGUGAACAGAUUUCGAAGUGUUAGGUAACAGUAGGAGAGAAAUCACAAUGUUGCUGUGUGGAUAUCGGUGAGAGGCUAGGUUCUUGUAGCACCGAUUUUUCUACGAGACAUUAAUACCCAGUGAUUGGUGCUCAGUUAGUGGAAGUUGAAAAUCCUCGUACUUUUUAUAAGACCGACGACUUGCUGCAUUUUUUAAAGUCUUCCCUCUUUUAAUAAUAUACAGAAAGACAGAUGUAGUGAGACAAUUCCAACAACUGAUUAAUGGAUGUUGUCAUAGGUCGUAGGCUUUUAAUUAAGACUAACGGCUACCCAGUGAUUGGUGCUCAGUUAGUGGAAGAUCUGCAAAGGGAAAAUAAAACCAGACUAGACAAUUUUAAAUGCUGAUGUGUGGAUUAUCUUAACACUAUUUUUUUGCAGUAGUGAUUUUUCUACAAGUGACUAUUAUGUAGUUGGUGAUCCGUGCCAAGUCAGUUGAGGAUCUUUUUACAUAGAUGGAUCCAAACAUGUCUUCUAUGGCUAUCCGUGAAAGGCUAUUUUUUUGUAGUGGAGACUUUUACGAGCGACUGUUAGUAGGUGAUCAGUGCGAAGUGAGUUGAGGAUCUUUUUACAUAGAUGGAUCCAAACAUGUCUUCUAUGGCUAUCCGUGAAAGGCUAUUUUUUUGUAGUGGAGACUUUUACGAGCGACUGUUAGUAGGUGAUCGGUGCUGAGUCAAUUGAGAGUCUAUGCAGAAGUUGGAAGUAGCCGAACAGAUCCAGUGUCUUCUUUGGCUAUCCGUGAAAGGCUAGUUUUUUGUAGUGGAGACUUUUAUGAGUGACUAUUUGAGUGAAUCAUUAAUCUAUCAUUUAUCAUCUAUGUAGUUAUUGACUCUUAACAUCAAUGUCUCGUGUCUGCCUCGAUCUCUUUAACCUGGUAGGAGUGAGGAUCAUGUUUCUUAAUGGUCCCUCCAGGCGAGAAUAAUGAGAAAAAAUCAUCACACACAAACCAUUUCAUAAUACAUAUCAAAGCAUUUGUAAUCAGAUUAUGUAUCAUCGUUUUUGGGGGGUUUAUAUCAUGGCACAAAUUUGGCCCGUCGUUGCUACACGGUAAAGCCACAAAUUUGGCCCGUCGCUGCUACCAGGUUAACAUCUAUGUCUCUCUUGUCUGCCUUAAUCUCGUUAAUAUCAUCACUGGUGCCGAUUCAAUUGUGGAUCUUUGCAGAAGUUGGAAGUAGCCGGACAGAUCCAAAGUCUCAUCUCUGGCUAUCCCUGACUUGCUAUUUUUUUUGCAGUAUUCAGUUUCUUAUGAGUGAUGUUUGUUGAAUCAGUUUAGGAUCUUAUUAUAUGGAAGGUGGAAAUAGCCAAACCAGUGAUGCCAGAUUGUCCAACUCAGCCUCUUAUAUUUAUCGAUUUCCGACCCAAAAACUGUCUCCUGGGCCCCAGUAACGAGAUUAGUUUAUAUCUAUCGUUAAAAUCGUUAAUUCCUGAUGUUUUUUGGCAAUAUAGUUAAGGACCAGAAAAUGGAAAAUACAAUAUGCUGAGUACUAUAUUUGGGCAUCGGUGAGCCAAAUAGAUCCAGAGUUUCAUUUCUGUAUAUUUGUGAAUGGCUGUUUGCGUGCUGUGAGUAAGCGAGCGAGAGAGUGAGUGAUUGGUAAACGUAAUCAGGACUGUUUGAUUUAUUUUGCAGUAAGGAAAUUUCUAUGAGUAAUCAGUGGUCCUUCUUGUUUAAUGUCCAUAUUUUCCGUUAUGGGGUUGGACAUAUGAGUAACCAGCAGUGGUUGAUACGUACGGAGUCGACCUCUUAACCAGAAAUGCAGAAGUAACGAGACAUAUCCACAGGUUGACCAGUGGAAAUUCUUGUACUUUUUAUAAGACGGACACCUUGCUACGUUUUUGAAAGUCUUCCCUCUUUUAAUAAUAUACAGAAAGACAGAAGUAACGCGACAUAUCCACAGGUUGAUCGGUGAAAAUCCUCGUACUUUUUAUAAGACUGAUGACUUGCUAUGUUUUAAAAGUCUUCCCUCUUUUAAUAAUAUACAGAAAGACAGACGUAGCGAGACAUAUCCACAGGUUGAUCGGUGGAAAUCCUUGUACUUUUUAUAAGACCGACGACUUGCCACAUUUUUUAAGUCUUCCCUCUCUUAAGAAUAAAGAAAGACGGAAGUAGCGAGACAUAUCCACAGGUUGACCAGUGGAAAUCCUCGUACUUUUUAUAAGACUGACGACUUGCUAUGCUUUAAAAGUCUUCCCUCUUUUAAUAAUAUACAGAAAGACAGACGUAGCGAGGUUGAUCGGUGGAAAUCCUUGUAGUUUUAUAAGACCGACGAUUUGCUACAUUUUCUAAAGUCUUCCCUCUUUUAAUAAUAUACAGAAAGACAGACAUAGCGAGACGAUUCCAACAGCUGAUUGAUGGAUGUCGUCAUAGGUCGUAGGCUUUUAAUUAAGACUAAGGGACUUGCUAGUUUUUUUAUAUUUUUUUUAUAGUACUGUAAUGAUAUUUCUACAAGUGAUGUGCUGUUAUUUGAGGAUCUCUUUACACAGAUGGAAAUAACCUGACAGAUCCAAAGUGUUUUUAAUGUCUCCCCCUCUUUUAAUCCGUUUCUUUAAGGUAUUUAUGUAUUUUUUCGUGUGUAAGUUCUACCCGAUUUGGAGUAGAGGUAGGCAGUUGUAGUUGUGAAGUUUUUGUUGUACUUGUAGUUGCCUAAUUUUUAAGCUAUUUAUUUGAAGAGGAGAAGAAUAUACAUGAAACUUGUGA